AUCCGACGACAUAAAGAGCCAUCCUACGGGUUUCUUCUCCCAAACCCUAGAUCCCAAAGAUCUCUCACCGGCGCUCGAAGAGAGCGAAAGAGAGAGCUCGAGGGAUGGCGAAGUCGCUGCGGUCCAAGAGGAAGAAGAGGCUCAGGACGCUAAGGAGGGAGAUCGCCGAGCCCUUCUACGACAAGAAGGAGGCCGCCAAGCUCGCCGCCCAGGAGGCCGCCCUCGGCGCCCCCAAGCUUCCCGUCCGCGGCCCCCCCGCCGCCGCGGAGCCCUCCACCGCCAUGGAUGUGGAAAUGGCUGAUGGAGGAAGUUCUCAAGGUGAUCAGUCCAAAUCACUCUUGAAGCCUGUUGGUGGUAUAAGUAAGAAUAAGAUAAAGAAGAAAUUAAAACUGAAGAAAGGGAAGAAACAUGGUAAAGGGAAAGGAAAGAUCAGGAAACGCAAUAUAUAAGUGGAACUUCUGGUGGUGAAAGGGGAAUCCUUUAUUAUGUGGUUAGUGAUUUUUGGUUCAUCUGUUAAUGUAGUGAUCCUUUUAUUAGCCUUGGGGAGCAAAGGCAGUGCUUUUCUAAAUACCAUUUCAGUGAACUUGAGUAAUCAGUACCCAUGUUGAAGUAGACUUCCUAUUGCAUUUUUCAGUUUAUUUGUAGCUUUGUUUUCGGUCAUUCAGAUGCUUUCUUUUCUUUCAUUUCA